UGGAAGGAGGAUUGGGAUGAUCUCACGUGCACAUCCCUAGACUAAUUGCAACCAUGAGUUCAGACGAGAAGGGCAUAUCCCCUGCUCAUAAAACAUCCACUCCGACCCAUAGAAGUGCCUUGUCGUCAACAUCUUCUCAGAGGGAAAGCAGACAGAGCAUCCACGUUCUGGAGAGAACUGCUUCAUCCAGCACGGAGCCCUCCAUCAGUCGGCAGCUGCUAGAGCCGGAGCCCAUCCCCCUCUCCAAGGAAGCUGACAGCUGGGAAAUUAUAGAAGGGCUGAAAAUAGGCCAAACCAAUGUCCAGAAACCAGACAGGCACGAGGGAUUUAUGCUGAAGAAGAGAAAAUGGCCUUUAAAGGGCUGGCACAAGCGCCUCUUUGUCCUGGAUAAUGGAAUGUUGAAGUAUUCAAAGGCGCCACUUGACAUCCAAAAAGGGAAAGUCCACGGGAGCAUAGAUGUAGGACUGUCUGUCAUGUCGAUUAAAAAGAAGGCUCGGAGAAUAGACCUCGACACAGAGGAGCACAUCUAUCAUUUGAAGGUGAAAUCCCAGGACUGGUUUGAUGCCUGGGUCUCCAAACUGCGCCAUCACAGGUUGUACCGUCAGAAUGAAAUCGUGAGGUCGCCGAGAGACGCCAGUUUCCACAUAUUUCCUGCAACGUCAACAGCCGAGUCCUCCCCAGCCGCUAAUGUCUCUGUCGUGGAUGGAAAGAUGCAGCCUAGCAGCUUCCCAUGGCAGUCCCCCUUACCAUGCAGUAACAGCCUCCCUGCGACCUGCACGACCGGGCAGAGUAAGGUGGCAGCCUGGCUGCAGGACUCAGAAGAAAUGGACCGGUGUGCGGAAGAUCUUGCACAUUGCCAGUCAAACCUUGUGGAACUUAGCAAGCUCCUGCAGAACCUGGAGAUACUUCAGAGAACUCAGUCGGCUCCUAACUUCACCGACAUGCAGGCUAACUGUGUAGAUAUUUCAAAGAAAGACAAGCGGGUCACAAGACGCUGGAGGACAAAAAGUGUCAGCAAAGAUACAAAAAUACAACUGCAGGAAGGGCCGCCUGCGAAGGGCCAGUUCAACGCAACUCGGCGCCGGCAGAGGCUAGCGGCAGCGGUGGCUACAACAGUUCCUUUCAGCGCCACCAUGUCACCCGUGCGUCUGCACUCCUCCAACCCCAACCUUUGUGCGGACAUUGAGUUUCAGACCCCUCCUAGCCACCUCACCGACCCUCUGGAAGGUUCCACGGAUUAUACCAAGCUACAAGAAGAAUUUUGUCUAAUUGCACAGAAAGUGCAUUCUCUUCUGAAGUCUGCGUUUAACAGCAUAGCUAUAGAGAAGGAAAAGCUGAAGCAGAUGGUUUCAGAGCAAGAUCACAACAAAGGCCACAGCACACAGAUGGCCAGGCUCCGACAGUCGCUGUCCCAGAGUGAAGGAGCCGGCAAAUCCUGGGCGCUUAACCAGAACGCUGAGCUCCGGAGUCGGCUGAACAGAAUACACUCGGAGUCUACCAUUUGUGAUCACGUUGUCAGUGUAAAUAUUAUCCCUAGCCCUGAUGAGCCUGGUGAGCAGAUCCAUGUCAACCUCCCCCUGUCACAGCAGGUGGUCAACGAGAGCCGCCUCUCCAUGUCGGAAUCCGUGUCAGAGUUCUUCGAUGCCCAAGAGGUGCUCCUGUCUGCAAGUUCAUCGGAGAAUGAGGCUUCCGAUGACGAGUCCUACAUCAGCGACGUGAGUGACAACAUAUCUGAGGACAACACCAGUGUCGCCGACAACAUUUCUCGGCAAAUCCUGAAUGGGGAGCUCACAGGAGGCGCCUUCCGCAAUGGCCGUCGAACCUGCCUGCCUGCUCCUUGCCCGGACACUAGUAACAUUAACCUGUGGAAUAUCUUGAGGAACAACAUUGGCAAAGACCUGUCCAAAGUCUCCAUGCCCGUGGAGCUCAAUGAGCCACUCAACACUCUGCAGCACCUCUGUGAGGAAAUGGAGUACAGUGAGCUCCUGGACAAAGCCUCGGAGACCGACGACCCCUAUGAGAGGAUGGUUCUCGUCGCUGCCUUUGCAGUCUCAGGGUACUGUUCCACCUACUUCAGAGCAGGAAGCAAGCCAUUCAAUCCGGUCCUGGGGGAGACCUAUGAGUGCAUAAGAGAAGAUAAGGGGUUUCGGUUCUUCUCGGAACAAGUUAGCCAUCAUCCACCCAUUUCUGCCUGUCACUGUGAAUCCAAGAACUUCGUGUUUUGGCAAGAUAUCAGAUGGAAAAAUAAAUUCUGGGGAAAGUCAAUGGAGAUCCUGCCCGUCGGAACCCUGAAUGUCAUGCUUCCAAAGUACGGAGAUUACUAUGUGUGGAAUAAAGUCACCACGUGUAUACAUAACAUCCUCAGUGGGAGGAGAUGGAUCGAGCAUUACGGCGAAGUAACCAUUAGAAAUACCAAAAGCAGUGUUUGCAUUUGCAAGCUCACAUUCGUCAAGGUGAAUUACUGGAACUCCAACGUGAAUGAAGUCCAGGGGGUGGUGAUAGACCAGGAGGGGAAGGUGGUGCACCGACUGUUUGGGAAGUGGCACGAAGGACUCUACUGCGGGGUGGCCCCCUCGGCAAAGUGCAUCUGGAGACCAGGUUCUCUGCCAACCAACUAUGAGCUCUACUAUGGCUUUACGAGGUUUGCCGUGGAGCUCAACGAGUUGGAUCCAGUCCUGAAGGAGCUCCUUCCUCCCACAGAUGCCCGAUUCCGGCCAGAUCAAAGAUUUUUGGAAGAAGGGAACCUAGAAGCUGCAGCUGCAGAGAAACAAAGAGUUGAGGAACUCCAAAGAUCUCGAAGACGCUACAUGGAGGAAAACAACCUUGAGCACAUACCAAAAUUUUUUAAAAAAGUUAUUGACGCAAAUCAAAGAGAAGCCUGGGUUUCUAACGACACCUACUGGGAACUUCGAAAGGACCCUGGGUUUAGCAAAGUAGACAGCCCUGUUCUUUGGUAAACUGGAGACGUAGAGCUAGCCAAUACACCACACUCGGAAUGAAUAACUAUGCACAAUUAUGUUUCUUAUAGCUACGCGUGGUUUCUGGGUCGACUGAAAACCUCCCAUUUGCUUUUCUAUUCAUCUUUAUAAUGGAUUUUCAAAAGUGCAUUAGACAAGGCUCCUAACCACUUUUGGAUCCUUUCUGUUUUGCUGCAACCAUAUUCCUUAAAACAAACAAACAAAUAAAUAAAUAAAACCCAUGCCCUCCUCGGAAAGCAGACUAAAAGAAGGAGAAUAUAAAAUCCAAAGUCGGGAGAGCUGGAAAAGAAGAUGAGAAACCUGUACUGUGUGCUUCAAGCGGACCAGGAGAGUCUAAAACAAUACACAGACUACACGUUCCGUCUGCUGUCCGAAUGCGUCAUCCCGAAUCCCUAGGAGCUCCUGGGCCAUAGUGGGUUAGUUCAGACUUGAAGUGUGUUCUUUUGAUGUGGUGUGCUUGUUCUCAGCAUCGUCAGAAUAGACGUUGAUGCUUCCCGAAACCCAUCCCAUCUUUACCACAUUGUUCAUGCCUUAAGAAACGCAGAGAUGUACAAUAAACUGUUUUUUAAAUGUGU